UGUAAAUACUGUGUUAGGUUUUGAAUGAGAGGAAAUUAAUGCAGAGCAAAUCUACUUUUAAUUCUUAUCUGUACUCAUGGCUGGUUUACCUCCGGGAGACCCACAGCUGGUCUCCAUGAUCGUCAAUCAUUUAAAAACGCAAGGACUUUUUGAUCAGUUCAGAAGAGACUGUUUAGCCGACGUAGAUACAAAGCCUGCUUAUUUGAACCUGAGACAACGCGUGGACAACUUUGUAUCAAAUCACCUCUCGAACCACACAUGGAGUCCUCAUCUAAACAAGAACCAACUGCGAAACAACAUCAGACAAUUAGUACUGCAAUCUGGAAUGCUCGAACAAGGAGUGGAUAGGAUUGUGGCUCAAGUGGUGGAUCCAAAAAUCCACCACAUUUUCAGGCCACAGGUCGAGAAGGUGGUCCGAGAGUUUUUAUCUCCAGGAAGCCAUGAAGAGGAACCCUCUGCAUAUUACCCUCCAGGGGAAGAGAUGCAGGCCUUCCACCUUCCACCAUCAGCUGUGAUGUCCGCACCGGGCACUAGUACAAACGCCAUGUCCAUCCUGGACACCAUCAGUUCCCUGAACCAAGAGGCGAGUAUCCGUGCCGGCGGGGAGAGGGGACUGAAGGCGGCAGCAGAGGACCUGGCAGCAGAGGAGGCUGUGCUUAGAGCAGCGGAGGAGGCUGCAUUUAAGGCCACAGAGGAGUCCAUGCUGAAUGGCAGUACCGGAGAACAAGACAUGAGCCUCGUGGAGGAGGACGAGGAGGCCGAAGAGGUGGAGAAGCAGCCUGAAGAGGCCGAGAAGGCCGCAGCGGAUAUGUUGAGCACCGAGAUAAAGAUGGAGGAUGUGAGCGAAGAGAUGGACAUAGACGGAGAGUCGGAGGGCGAGGACGUGAAGGCGGAAGAGGAGGUGAAGGAAGAAGAGGCUGAGGAGGAGACGGACGCUAAAGAGGAGGAGGGCAAGGACAAGAGUAUGAGUGGAUCACCUUCCAAGACUGCAGAGGAGGCUCUGAGCCGAGAGCAGGACACUAGCAAGACCAUUAAUGAGAAACAGCGCAUCCGACAGAAAGCCAGAGAAAGGCUUAAAGAAGAAUAUUCUCUGGAGGAUUCCGAUCUCGAGGGCCUGAGUGACAUCACAGUGAGCUCGGUCCACACCAGUGACCUCUCCUCAUUUGAGGGCGAGAGUGAUGGCGAGCCACAGCCAUCCGAUUCUACCGAGGAGGGCGAGAUCACAUCAGAAGAUGAGAAGGUAGAGAAUAAGAAGAAAGACGACACCGAUGACGGCGAGGAGAACAAGGAGCGUAAGCCUGGGGCCCGUCGCCAAGGUUACGUGCACAAACCGUUCCUCUACUCUCGUUACUAUAGCGACUCCGAUGAUGAGGUCACCGUUGAGCAACGCCGGCGUUCCGCAGCCAAAGACAAGGAAGAGAGGCUGCUGAAGCGACAGCAGAACCGUGAACGCUUCGAGGAGAAGAGGAGGAGUAAACAGUCUCAGAUGGAGGAACCAGAUGAAAAGAAGGCAGUGGACGACACACCAAGACCCAGGGCCAAAGAGGCUUGCAAGGAGAAGAAAGUGCUGGAGAAGAAAGUGGCCCUCAGCCGGAAACGAAAGAGAGACUCAAGGAAGGAGGGUGAUGCUGGAAACAAAAAGAAGGGAGACACAGAAGGGGAUGCCAUGAGAAAAGAUGACUCUCAGAAGGCGGGCAUCUCAAAGAGCCUGUCCUCAAAAUCCUUGAGGAAGGCCUCUGAGUCAUCUGUGUUUGAGGAGGUCCACAGGAGGAAGAGCAUUAGUGUCUCAGAGGAACCCAGUGAGCCCAGGAAACUGGUGGACAAAAACCGAACACAUUCCUUCAUUCUGGACCUGGAGCAGGGGUCCGAUGAGUUGCUCCGACAGAGGACCUCGGGCAAGUUUGACCGGCAUUCGCGCAAAGACCAGCACCUCAAAGACCGUAAAGAAAAGGAAAGGGACCGUAGCAUGUCCGAUGAAUCCACCAAACUCAAGCAGAGGGUCGAGAAGAAAGCGGAGAUUCACGGUGACGAGAGCUCUCAGAAGGAGGGGACUGAGGUGAAGGUCACCUCUGAGGACAAAGGGGAGAAGAAGACCUCAAAAUUGAAGGUGGAAAAGAAGACUUCGUCUGUUGGCAGGGAGGCGAGGUCCUCUGUAUCCGAGGGAUCUGCUGUCGAGGAAGGGCACAGAGACUCUGGGCCAAAGAAAACUAAGACCCCCAUGAUGGAGGCCCUGAAAGACAAAGAGAAGGACAAAGAAAGGACCAAAGGAGAGAAGGCGACUGGCAAAAGCGAUCCCCGACAGCUUCCUCCUCACCUGGAUUCCACAGGAUCCUCGGAGGAGAGGUCGGAUCUGGAGCAGGGAUCGGAGGGGAACAGGAAGAAGGACAAGCUCAUAAAGGAAGUACUCAAGAGAUCCAAGAGUUUGUCCGAGGUGAAACACGCUGAGAAGCACAGGUCCAGGCACGAUAGUAAAGACUCGGAUAAGGACAAGGACAAGGUCAAAGGAGCUUACAGCUCGCCUGAACGACCGCAUCUGUCCAAGUCCAUCUCUGAGAGUGAUGGAGAAGCUCGGCACAGCAGAGACGCUGAGCCUGGAUCAAAGGGGAAGAUGUCCGAGAAGUCAAGGUCCAAGUCUAGAGAGGAGCCGAAAUCUCCGAUACUGUUCAAACCAGACAAGAAAGUUUCCAGUCAAGAUGCUAAGAGCAAAGGCGUUGCUUCAGCCAGUAAAGCGGACUCAGUGAAGGAGAAAAAGAAAGAUGGCAGCUCGAAAGAGGAGAAGAAACCCUCUGAGGAACAUUCCUCUGACAAGUCACAGGAGACCAAGGCCACGAAGAGAGCGAGCGAAAAGAAGGCCAAAGAUCCCGAGAAGAAGGGAGAAGCCCAAGGAGAGAGAAAAGGCAUCAAAGCAGUGGACAUACCGAUGGCUUCCCCUCUUUCACCAACCACUCCUGAGGCCCCCAUUGCAGAGACGUCCUCUCAGCCCAAAGAGGCGAGUCUGGAGGCAGUACCCGCUGUGGCUACAGAUGCUCACACAGCCGUCGUCUCUGUCGACGUUUCUGAUGACGCUUUUGAUGCCCUGAGUGACAUCACCCCAGAGCCCAAAGAGGAGGAUGUAGCUGCGCGGCUCGCCGAAUGCGAGGAGGAGCAGCAGGAGGAGCAGCAGGAGGAGGUGGAGGGAGAGCCCAGGCCUCUGCCAGCCGAGGCCGACGCCCUGCUAAGCCUGAUGGAGGUGUGCAGCUCGGCGGAGAGAAGGGUUGUUGCGGAAACUGAACCGGUUCAGGAAGUGAGCACGAGUGCGGGGCUGUCGCUGCAGGACGCGGACAUGAAGAUGAAGGAAGCAGCUCUCACCCUGCUCUCCAUGGACCCUGACAUGACGCUGUCGCCCAGUUUGAUUGACAGUCACAUGGCCUCCGUUGCCAAGGAAGCAGCCACUUCUGCUGAAGAACAGGUCCCGCCUUCCCUUGAGCCGGCUGCUGAGGAGUCACGGGUGGAUACUGCUGGAGCUGUUCAGGGAGCUGAGGGUAUCCAACCAUCACAGGAAACGCCUGCAGACCAACCCGCUCAUGGUGAAGAUGUUUCGGAUAGCGCAGCAGCCCUUGUGGAGUCUCCUGUGGUAACUCAAGAGGAAGUCAUGCUGAAGGAGGACCCAGCUGGGAAGCCCAGCGAGGAAGAAAAGCCUUGUGCUGCUACAGUGUCCUCUGAACCCACAAGUGUUACCUCACCAUCACAGAACAUGGAGGAUAAUUUGGCUGAUCAGAACGACCAAGAGUCCCAGGCUCCCUCUAUUGAUGUGAAAGCAGAGGAGACCAAAUCGAGAGGUAGGGGCAGAAGGACGUCCAGCCAGACCUUGGCCUCUCCGUCAGAGAGCGGCUCAACUUCUGCUGUGCCUGAUGUUACUGAAGUUACCCAGCCAGACACAAGUAAGACUGAAGGACCUUCCAGCUGUAAAGAAGGAGAGGCUCCUUGUGAGUCGGCAGUGACACAGGCUGAAGAGGACCGGAUACAAGAUGGCUCCUCUAAACAGGAGGAGGCUUUACAGAAGACAAGUGUUACACCCGACGGAACUCCUCAGGAAGAGAAGGAACCAGAAGCAGACAAACCUGAGAGACUGGAGGUGACGAGAGGUACUCGGAGAGGUCGUCAGGCCAGACUAGUCAAGCAGUCCAGCAGUGCCUCUCAGUCGGAUGGUCAAGAGGAGGAGAGGGGAUCGGAUGUGUCCGAGAUGGAUGAAAUAUCGGAGGGCAGAGUGACCCGCAGAGGACGAAGAAGUGCUGUGGCAGCAGCCAAGGACACCAGUAAACCCAAGGCAGAGAAGGAGGUCAGCAGUGACCAGAGCUCUGAGCAACAGGUGGAGGACGCGGGGAGGGAGAAGGCCACUGAGCAGGAGGCUCCACGUCGCGGACGCUCCUCCAAGGCCACUGCCCAGUCCCCAGAGAGCCAGCAGGAGGAGCAAGCAGUGGAGGAAGGGCAGAAGGAGGAGCAAGGAGGAGAGGAAGGGCAGAAGGAGGAGCAAGGAGGAGAGGAAGGGCAGAAGGAGGAGCAAGGAGGAAAGGAAGGGCAGAAGGAGACUGAGAAGGCAGAGGAGCCCACUGUGCGCAGAGGCAGACGCUCAGCAGCCCAGACCAAAGAAGUCGCCGCAGGGAGACCUGGUGGGCUGAAGAGGAAAAGGUCUGAAGAAACAGAGGAUUCUGGAGAGGAGGUGCCUGCUGAGGAGAAGAAGAGCUCCGAUGGAACAGCGUCGUCCUCAGGCCAGGCCCCUCAGGACAGCACUGCAUCGAGUCAGUCUGAAGAGCCAGAAGAGGAGAAGCAGGAGAGCUCAGCAGAGAUGAAAUCUGAUAAUGGAGAGGAGUCCGACAAGCCCCAGAAGAAGACGCCUCGUCGGGGAAGGCCAUCCAAAGCAGCAGCAGCCGCAGCAGCAGCAGCCGCAGCCGCAGCCGCAGCCACCGCCUCCACAGAAGACACGGACAAAGCAAUGGCAACACCAACACCAACGCCGGACAAAAGAGCCAAGAAGGGGGAGGAGGAGCAGGAGGGAGAGCAGAAAGAGGAGGAGGAAGAGGAAGAGGAGGAAGAUGGAGGAGGAGGAGAAGAGGAGGCAGAGGCCAAGCCCAGAGCCACACGCUCUGCAGCCCGUCUGGAGGCGGAGAAGAAUAAGCCCAGUAAGCCCUCUACUCGAGCGCUGAGCAAAGUGAAGGAGGAUAACACCCCCAACACACGUGGUGCGAAAGGGCAGACGGCCGCAGCAGCCAAGGGUGGACGCAAGCGGGAGGUCAGUCCCCCAACCCCACGCACCCGAGGAGCCCAGAGACCAGAGGAGCCCCCAGCCAAGCGCUCCAAGAGAUGAAGUGACCUGUGCCAAGCUUCAGUAGAGCCAAGGACCCAUACACCUGGACAUGUGCUCUCAGGACAUACAUUAAUUGCUUUUUAAAAAGAAAGAAAAAAAUCAUUCACCUUUUGUAAAUAGUUAUUUUUAUUAGAUUCUUUCAAUAGCAAAGUCUGUUUUUUACCCCUGUGAACGAUCCGCCGGCCUGUAUAGAAGAGGAGAAUGAAAGCAGAGCUCGGUGGUUAGACUACGCUCGCACUAACAGCAGUUAAAUGUAUUCCUGCCUCGUUAUAGCUCCUGUCAAAACAGUUCCCCAGGACUGAGGCUGACCCUGAUGUGACCCUGAUAGAGGCAUAUCUUCAUCGGAGUGGGGAGAGUGAGUGAGCGAGAGAACCAUACCAAGUGCCACGAGACAGAUAGUAGUCCCACUCAGCUUAUUGUGAAUUUUAGUGUUGAAGUGUUUUUAGUGUCAUUAAUCCAAGACAGGACAUGGCAACUGAGGCGUGCGUGACGCCGCAUUCUUUGGUAAUAGCUUAACAAAGUAGCGAAGAUCUUGUAAUAUACAGAGCAAGUCUUAAAGAAAAAUACCAUGUCUGUUUUGACUAGUGUCCCAAGAAAAGAAAACAAUCCAUUUUUCUUCCAAGUGCUUUUAAAAUGUUCUUUUUAACCAUUAUUCCAUUCAGUCAUGUUUGACAUGCAUAUUCAUUCUGUGAAUGUAAAAAAAGAAUGUAAGCUUUUUCCUUCAGUGUAAAUUUUAGAUGUACGAUUAUGUGUGUGUUGCCAGGUUUGCGUUUCUGUACGUAUUUGUAUGGUUUUUGUAUUUUAACUUCAGCAUUGCUGUACACACACUGCUGCUCUGCAUCAGUGUUUACACAAUAAAAGCCCCUCUUUGUA